AUGCUACACGCGCUUCUAGGUACACUUUUAACGGGUAUCGCCCUGGCCCAGUCUUCCAAUACCACAUUACCAGACACCAAUUCCCCCACAUCAAAUGGCGCAACCGCCGCCUGGGACGAUGCGUACGUGAAAGCCGCAGCUAGUCUUGCCAAGUUAUCGCAGGCGGAGAAGAUAGGACUUGUGACGGGUGUGGGAUGGAUGAAUGGGAAGUGUGUGGGUAAUACGCAUGCUGCUGGUUCGAUUGGGUUUCCGGGACUAUGUUUGCAGGACGGCCCCCUAGGCGUCCGCUACGUCAACGGCGCAACCGCCUUCUCCGCCGGCAUCCACGCCGCCUCAACCUGGGACACCACCCUCGUCCGCGAGCGCGCCCUCUUCCUAGGCGCCGAAUCCAAAGCCCUCGGCAUCCACGUCCAACUCGGGCCCUCUGCCGGUCCACUCGGGAAAUUUGCAACCGGGGGCCGGAACUGGGAAGGCUUUGGCUCGGAUCCCUAUCUCCAGGGCGUGAUGAUGGGGGAGACGGUCGAGGGGAUGCAGGAGAGUGGGGUGCAGGCUACGGCUAAGCAUUGGAUUUUGAAUGAGCAGGAGUUGCAGCGGGAGACGAUGAGUGCGGAUGCGGGGGGGAGGGUGGUGAGGGAGUUGUAUGCCUGGCCAUUUCAGGAUGCGGUUAGGAGUGGGGUUGCGGCGGUGAUGUGUAGUUAUAACAAAGUCAAUGGGUCGUGGGCCUGCGAGAGCGAUGAUGUGAUGAACAAGUUGCUCAAGGAGGAAAUGGGCUUUCGCGGAUACAUCAUGUCCGACUGGAACGCCCAGCACACCACCACCGGCAGCGCAAACAGCGGUCUGGACAUGACCAUGCCCGGCACUGAUUUCGACAAGAAAAACGUCUACUGGGGCCCGCAACUCCACGCCGCCAUCGACAACAAGCAAGUGCCCCAGUCCCGCUUGGACGACAUGGUCAAGCGGAUCCUCGCCGCGUGGUACCUCCUCGGUCAGGACAAGGGAUAUCCGGCCGCCACCUUUGAUUCCUGGAACAUCGGCUCCCACAACGUGGGUGGCACGCACCGAACCAAUGUCCGCAAGAUGGCCGCCGAAGGCAUUGUCCUGCUGAAAAACGUCAACGCCUCGCUACCAUUGGCAAAGCCCAAGACCGUUGCCGUGGUAGGCUCAGACUCGAUUGUCGCGCCCAAAGGCGCAAACGCAUGUGCAGAUCGGGGAUGCAAUGACGGCACACUGGCCAUGGGCUGGGGCUCCGGCUCCGUGGAAUUUCCCUACCUGAUUGCGCCGCUCGACGCCAUCAAGACGCAGGCCAGCAAGGACGGUACGAGGGUGACGUCUUCGCCCAACGACAAUGCGCAACAGGGCGCUGCGGCUGCACGAGAUUCGGAAGUGGCAGUGGUGUGUAUCAACAGUGCGGGCGGCGAGGGCUACAUCACGGUCGAAGGCAACGCAGGAGAUCGGAAGAACUUGGACCCGUGGCACAAUGGCAAUGAGCUGGUCAAGGCGGUUGCGGCCGUGAAUAAAAAGACGGUGGUCGUGGUGCACAGCGUCGGUCCCAUCAUCAUGGAAUCCUGGAUUGAGAAUCCCAAUAUCGUGGCCGUGGUGUGGGCCGGUCUGCCCGGCCAAGAGAGCGGAAACGGACUCGUGGAUGUGCUGUACGGUGCUGUGAAUCCAAGUGGCAAAUUACCGUAUACGAUUGCCAAACGAGCAGAGGACUAUGGUGCGGCCAUCAAGAGCGGCGAUGAUAAGGAGUGGGACUUGUUGGUUGAUUAUAGGCGCUUUGAUGCCUUGGGAUUAGAACCACGAUUCGAGUUUGGAUUUGGCUUGAGUUUUACAAAUUUCACAUACACCGGUCUGACCAUCGAUGGCGCGCCAUCUGCUGGACCAGCCAUGGGAGCCACAGGACCCGGUGGACCGGAGGAUCUGUGGGAUAUAGUGUCCACCAUCAGCGUACAGGUCAGCAACACAGGGGGUGUGGCGGGCGCAGAGGUACCGCAGUUGUAUAUCGGGUAUCCAGCGAGCACCAAGUCGCCGCCGAAACAGCUGCGGGGGUUCAAGAAAUUGAGGCUUGGGGUUGGGGAGAGCGGGACUGCGACGUUCCCUGUGAGGAGGAGGGAUUUGAGUUAUUGGGAUGAGGGGAGUCGGAGGUGGACGGUUGCGCGGGGGGAGUAUGGGGUUUUUGUGGGGGGGAGUUCGCGGGAUGUUAGGGUGAGUGGGAAGAUUGUGGUGUGA